AUGCGAGACAUGGCUCAAGCCACUGGCAUAUCAAUCAGUACCCUUUGCUGGGCUCUCAAGACGGGUAUCAUGAAGCGCCGCUCGUCCCGACUCAAACUUCUGCUCACCGACGCCAACAAACGCGAGCGCCUUGCCUUCUGUGGAGCACAGGUGACCUCACCAAUGACGCCAUCGACGAGUACCUUACUGCUAAUGAUUCCAAAAGCUCUAAUGUGUGCCGCCAGUGCCGGCACUCUUCGAGAAGUCGCGUUUUGCGGUAUGUGGGACGUCGUACAUCUUGACGAAAAAUGGUUCAACGCCGACAAACACUGUCGCAAGGAGUACCUUGUUGACGAUGAGACUCCUGGUACUCGGUCGUGCAAGUCCAAGCGGUUCUUGCCCAAAGUCAUGUUUUUGCGCGCUGUUGCCCGACCGCGCCAGAGCCUUGGCUUUGAUCGCAAGAUUGAGCUCUGGCCUUUCGUCAACCAAACCCCUGCUUUGCGAGCGUGUAGAAACCGUCCUGCUGGUACUAUGGUGUCGAAAACCACUAAUGUUGAAGCGGAAACGUUCCGUGAUUACGUUCUGAACAAGGUCGUCCCCGCAAUCAAGGCUAAGUUUCCAAGCAUCAGCAAGUGUGUCUCUCUUCAACAUGACAACGCGACACCGCACAGCUCAAUCGACGACAAAGCUCUUGCCAAACAACCGCCCAACAGCCCCGACUUAAACGUGCUCGACCUUGGUUUCUUCGCCCCCAUCCAGACCUUACAGUACAAGAUGUUUAGUCGCUCUGUGGAUGAUGUUAUUGCGUCGACAAUGGUGGCAUUUGACACUCUCGAGGCAGAUACCUUGGAGAAUGUGUUUCUUACCCUACAAGCUGUUAUGCGCUUGGCUUUAGAACAAAGUGGUGGUAACCUGUUCAAGCUCCCUCAUCUGAAUAAGGCUGCCAUGCGUCAUGCUGGAAACCUCGUGGUGAAUUUGACCUGCCCAGUGUCACUCCUCUUCGAGGCCAACGGCCUCCUUCAAACAAUGAGUCCAUGA